UUUUAACCUUCUUGUCACAUAAAUACAGCGACAGCGUGCUGAGUUCAUGCAGACCGACUGGACUGAACACCUACUGAGAAUAGCAACCUCACCUCUCUGGCAUCCUGAUCAGGUCUUGUACAAAUUAUUUGGGAUCAAGUCCAGUUGUCAAGAUGCGUGCAUUGGUCCUUGUGGUCCUGUACACUGGACUGUGCUUCGCCAGCUCCGUCAGCAACCAGGAGAACAUAGACUUUCUGAUGGAUAAUGUUCUGGUCCUGAGGGUGCCUUAUGGUGUGAGCACCAGGGUACACGUCCCUCUGAGCUGUGGAGAAUCCUAUGAAAACCAGCCUGUGGUUUGGAAGAAAGAUGGCGAGGAGAUUGAGCCAGCUCUGCAGGGGAACCAGGUCAACGUCCUAGUGGAGGAGAUGAAUGGAGGAAACUACACUUGUCACCUCGGUCCAGAUGGAGAUUACCUCAACCAUACUGUGAUCCUGAUCCAAAUAGAUCCAGACAACAGGACUGUCAUACUUGAAAAACACUCCCCUGAACAUGGUCACGUUCACUGUUCAGCAGUUAACUAUAAUGGCUCCUUCCACUGCUCCUGGAGAAGAACGAGGUUCAGAUCCAAGGCCUCUGUGCUCCUGGUGAAGGUCGAACGUCAUUUGGAAACAAUUUCCUGUGAACUGGACGCUGAUGGUUCAGGGAUUCAAUGCCAGGAUGUCAGCUGCAAAUACGAAGAGGAACAGCACCGCAUCUCCCUCAGCCUCUACAUACACAGCGCUUCUCUUCUCGAGGCUUACACUAAGGCUUUCUACCUGAGAGAGAUUGUGAGGCCGGAAGCACUCCCUGACCUGAACACACGUAACGGGAAGGUGUUCAGCUGGAGCCGCCCCGACUCCUGGGAUAAGCCCUGCAGCUUCUAUGCCCUGCAGUUCCAUGUCAAGGUGGUCCACAAAGGAUCUCACUGUGACAGUGACAAACACAUAAUGCUCAACACCACUGUGGAAACUACGUUCAAGGUCAAUGUUAAAGCCCAAAAGUGUGUUUUCUGUGUGCGAGCUCAGGACAAAUUCACCAACGGGCUAUUUAGCAAGUGGAGCUCGUGCAAAGUAAAUAAACACACCUGCGUGCCAUGACUGCAGUCAUAAAGGAUGGAAGAGCACGAGUAUGCAAGAAAUCAUUUUUCUAACUCAUUUAACACCUUUUUUAGUGCAAUGCACACAAACUGGUACCUGUACAGUAUUUAUUGAUUACUCAUUUAAGUUGUCUCUAUGGAAAUUAAGUAUCUUGUUAAAGUGAUUAUCUGUUAUUCCUUUGUGCCCUUUGUAAUGUUAUUUACAACUAUCCUUGCAGAAUUGUUGCUCAAACAAUUAUUCAAAUGUCAUAAUAAAUUGAUGAACAUAUUAACAUA